CCUGCAACACAAUCUAAGAAUAUUCUUCUUUUUUACAUUUAUUUGCUUUUAUUGAAUUUUGCAGUUCCCUCUUAUGGAGGUUUAGUCCAAAAAAUCUGUUCCAUAGUAAGACAGGAAAAAAUGUCAGGCAAGUCGGAUUUCGCGCAGAAGCUGCUGCAUGAUCUUAGGCUUCGUAAGGAACGAGUGGCGGCUGCUCAAAAUACGACCUAUUCAUACUCUACACCCAGAGAUGCUCGUGCUAAUCCGGGACAAAUUCACAGAGGGUCUCGACAGACGAAAACUCUAGAAUCCGUUAAUUCAAAAGUAGGUAGCACCAGCAACCGAUCAUUUCGUGUUGAAGAAUCUUCAGCACAGAUUGUUCCCUAUGCUACUGCGAGAGUCCAAAACUCUGAAAAAAUCGGAGAUCUUUCCAUGGCCCUUGCAUUUGCUAUUGAAAACGGAGGGAAGUUUACUAAAAUAAACUCAUCGAGUAAAAAUCCUGUGCUAACAUUUCUCCAUCAAUUCGGUCAGAGAUCAAUGGACAUAAGUAAGAUGGAAAGGAGAACGUAUCAUCUUCCAAAUAAUAGUCAGUUCCCUUCCGUCUCUCAUGUUCACAUCAAUGAAGUAUCGAAAGGGAUACAAAAACUAAACCAGAUUCUAAGAGCCAGUUCCAAUGGCAUAAAUUUCGAUAGAAACUCAAUUGAAGUCGGGCAAGAACUGUUGAAAGGAGCUAUGGAUUUGGAAGAGUCCUUGAGGAUGCUCGUAAACCUCCAAGAAGCUUCGGAUCGUAUGAUCAAACCUCAAAGCAAAAAUCGGAUUACAUUACUCGAUGAGGACGAGGAAGAUGACAGCAUUAAUGUCAAGAUAGUUGAUCAGAAGCAAUUAGAGCGGCCAAGAUUUUCAUUCGAUAAGCCCUCUAAAAACUCAACAUAUAUCACCAAAGAGACAACAAAAAAUGACAUCAAACAGCGGCUCAUGGCCUUGACAUACCCUGAUGAAGCUCCUAAACUGCACGAAAAGCAACCUCCUCUCAACACUAAGAAAUUGGUGUCCCAUAAAAGGUCAGCUAGUUGUGCCCCAGAUUUCAAAAAUCUGGACCAGAAGAACCAGUCAAGUGGAACGAAAAGUGCUGGAUCAGCGAAAGGAAGAAUUUCGAAUGUCAUUGCAAAACUAAUGGGACUCGAUGAACUCCCGCAAAAGGAAGAUAACAAGGCAGCUAGGAAAGGGUCAGAUCCCAAAAGGAAGCAAGAGCCAGUACUAAAGAGAAGUGCGGUUCCUAUUAGCACUCCGGAGGUUGAGAAUAGGCCAUCUCGUAGUGUUGACAAAAAGAUGAUAAGUAAUAUGCUACCAGUUCAGGAUGCAAAAUAUGUGGUUAACGCUGAAAAUGUUCGUGCAUCUCCGAGCAGGAGCAAUCACAUGGUUUCUUCUGGUAGAGUUCAGCAACAGGAAGAGCGGAGUAUAGUGGUGCCCUUAGGCUUGCCAAUGACCAACAGCAUGAUGGAUAAGCAACAUAGUAAAAUCAUCCAAGUAAAUCAAGAAGUACCAGGACAUCAAGUUAACUUCCAGCAGAAACAGAAAGAACAAAAUCAGACAAGUUUCAAGGGGAAAAUCACAAAAACAGUCGAAAUCAAGGAGAAUAUCUCACAACUAAAAAAGCCACAAACAUCUAGGGCGCCUCCAAUCGAUCUUGUGUUACAAGAAAAGAAAGAGACAGACAGAUUUCCUUUGAGCAAUGAAAAGAAGGCCUUACACAAAGAUGAAGUGCAUCACGUGCAGAAGCUUAAAAAAUCCGAGGGACAAGAUGAGAAGCGUCAAGCAGGUAACAAAGAGCAGUUGCCCUCGAACAAAACUUUGCAAGCAAGAACACACAAAGCAAAUCAAGUGGAAACCAUAACUUCACCAAAAUCAAGGAAUGGCGCGGCAAGUUCAAAGAAGAAGCAGUCUUCUCGGAAUCAAUCCUUACUUGGUACAAAAAAUUCUACCAAGUCCAAAAAUGGAGCACCUUCAAAAGAUUUUACGAAUGGAAUAAAGCAAGUGGCUCUUGCCAAGCGUCGGAACUCUUUUACCUCUGCAGUGAUCAUGCAAAGCAGCGAGAACAAAAAUGCUGAUCAUAAUGCAUUGUCAAAGGAAGUAUCGUCUAGAUCAGAGAAGCUAAACAGUAUCAAUCAGUCAUCCAAGAAAGAGAAGCCAAUCGAUCUGCCAUCUACAGAUAGGAAGGGAUGUCAUACCGAAAUUCAUAUUACUGAGACCUCUCCAAAAAUAGAUGAGCUAUCCGCAACUUUGCAAGAAAUGAAGCUGCAAAAGGAUGACAAAAGCUGCUCACAGUUAACUGAAAGCCAGACAAGAGAAGAAAAAGCGGACAACAUAGGAUCUAAUGAGCCAGAUGUGAGCACGGAGAUACUCAAUUUGCAAACAGAGCUACAUGGUAAAAUAGAAAACAGUACCUCCUGCAACACAACUAUGGAAAAGGAAUGCGACAACCUGAUAGGUUCAGCAACUGCAAUUUCAAAUGAAAAUCAUCAAGAAAAAAUGUUGCAAGAAGUUGAAAUAUCCACAGACCAGAAACUUGGAGAAGAUAUACCAAAGAUAUCACAAGCUAUGGACCAAUUUAAUGGGAUUCAUCAAGAAGACUCAAAUGACAGUAAGCUUUUCAAUGAUGAACAACAUAAAAGUUUUCCUGCCAAAUCUACAGAAAAAAGAGGCACGGGAAUUUCCAAGGUUGUUAGAAAUGAUCAAGAAACAACUCUACCAUUAGUGGCACAAGAACCAUUGACAGAACCUGAAAAGCAAUUCAAGGAAUCAGUAAUCAAAAAUCAACUAUUUCUAAACACAGCAGAAGCACUUUUCAAGCUCAAUAUACCGAUCAGCAUUCUCCACGCCAGUGAUCAAAAUAACCAAGGGGAAGACGUUAAACUUAUGCUAGACUGCGGCUAUGAGAUAAUGAAAAGGAAAGCGAUAAGACAGGAGCUAAAUGUUCAUCCUUAUGCCACAUUAUCCAUCGGAUAUACAAAGACAAGUUCAUUGGACGAUCUUAUCAAGAAACUCUGCAGAGAUUUCGACACAUUGAAGUCCUAUGGUGGAAAUGGAAAUAUGAGUGAUGAAUGUGAUGCAGCAGACUACUUGCAUAACAUGAUCGGUAAAGACAUGCAGAACAGGAAUCCAGAUGUGAACUCCAUGUGGGAUUCUGGCUGGAGUACUGAACAAAUAAUGUUUGGCUUCCUUGAAAAAGAUGAUGUUAUAAAGGAUGUGGAGAAGCAUUUGCUCAAUGGACUCAUCGAUGAGAUCACGAUUGAUUUAUUACGAAUAUCCAUUUCAGUUUGAUUGUUUGAUAGAGUAAGAAAAUCAUGUCAGAAAAAUUGUUGGUCUUAUAAUUAUUGUGCAGUUUAAGUAGAGUUGAAAGUUGAUGAAGCAAGUCUUGUAAGUAGUAAAUGAAGAGGCAAAGUUUAUAAGUAACAAAAUUUUUGGAUUUCAAGUGUAUGCUGAUUCAUUUUCAAUCAUCUUAUUUAUCUAA